CCUGAAAAACACUCUCUGAAUACAUCUUGUUUUCCUGUGCAGUGAAACCCCUGUUCAUCGCAGGGGACAUGUAAAAAUAUAGAAAGACCAUAUGAAAAUAUAUUUUUAAAUGCUUUUACACUUCCCACAAAUUUGAAACACAUUUUAACUAAUUAGAACACAUUUCAACGUUUUAAAACACACAGAUAUAUUAAAAGACACCUUUUUAAAGUAUUAAUUUUCAUCUGUUCUCACCCUCUCGCCGUUAAGAAAUGGGAGACUAUCAUAUAGCAUCACUUUGAGGAAACAAAAAGAAGACUGGCUUGCACAGGUCUCAAAAGAAGAGCCCUAGCGUGCUUGCUUCAAUCUUUAUUUCGUCACUCUAACUUGAAGUUUACUCUAAAACUCACACACAAAAUGAACCGGAAUUCCAAAUUGUACAUACAAACACUAAAUGUUCUGCCUAACCACAUCUUUUCAGCGAACAAAAGUCUGCUAUCUUAAUGCUAAUUUAUAAUGUGAAAUGCCAUUGGCAGACGAAUGGAAAUUAGAUACUGUAGAUGUCACAGUAAUUCUGAACCUUGAAACAACUGCACAUUUGAACACCAAAACGUUCAACCAAACCACAUUUUAUUUGUCUAAUGAGAAUCUGAAAGCUCAAUACUAACAGAAUGUCAAAUGCCAUAGAUUAGAUAACAGAAAUUAGCAUACUGUAGAUUUCACGGUAAUCAGAACUUUGAAACAACUGUUAUUUUAACAGACGGAGCAGCGACACAUACAAGCAGUGCAGACAUCGACACUCGCAGGAUUGUUUUCUCGACGAAACGCUAAUUCCACUCAAUCGAAUGUUUUCAGUUAAAGAAAGUCUGCUAUCUCAAUGCUACACAUGGAGAAGCAACAUACAACUAGAGCUCACAACAAUACUUCUUGCGUAUGAUUACACUGCAUAUCUUCUAGGAGAGCUCAGUGCUGCCUGGACAUGUUGUGGUACAACAUGGUACUACACUGAAGGUGCACAAUUCAAAAUUCAGACCUCAAUACACAGUGGACACUGCAUAUUCGCCGUUUGGCACCUGCGGAUUCAUCUAUUCGCAGAUUUGAAUUUUUUUUUUUAAAAGGUUUUCUUUUGGGGGGGCGCAAGGCCCCUUUUUCGUGGAAAAUGCUUAUUGGUGGUAAACCCUACUUGAAAAUGUUUGGGGGGUUAAUCAAAAAACAUUUUUUUUUUUUAAUUCGAUGCAAUUAUAAUGGGUGUCAAUUAUCUGCGGAUUUUCCACUGUACUACAAAACGCAAAUAAGUGGGGGAUUGGGUAAAAAAAAAAAAAGUGAGGAAUCAGGUCAAAGAAACAUUGGAAAAUCACUUAAAAAUCCACGAUAUAACGGUUGAUUAUACUUUCAAGGCAAAAUCCAAAUGUCCACGUUCUCGUCCUGUGACGUCAGAGCUUGUUGACCUCUGAACACGUCUGAUGUGUUGCAGGCAUCCUCAAACAUGUGUGCUGCCACAAACUCAACACCUGGUACGACGCGGCAGGCAGGGUGGACGUGGCGGCGGUCCACAGGCUCCUGGGCGCCAACCAUCUGGAGCGCGUGAUAGGCUGGUACCGUCAGCGCAGGAACACGGAGCGGCAAAUGAGCAUGCGCGAGAAGGCGGUGCACCAGAACCUGAAGGUGGCGCUGCGCAAACCGCACGCUGUCUUCCUGCUCGUGACGCCCACCACGCUGACGGACGCGGGCUCCACCCACCGCACCGAAUAUGCCGCCUUCCUUUCCAGCAGCAGGUCCCCGUGGCGGUCACCAACAUGGCGUCUUUGGACCAUCGGGCCUACUGGAUGGCGUCUACCCCGUGCUCGGCGCCAGGUUACCAGCGUGCCGUCAGCCGGCACAGUUCCAAAAUGUUGGACGCCAGCGGCCAGUCGGCGGACGUGGACGCCGUCAACGCCAUGAAUGCGUCGCUGCAGGACGAACUUCAGAGGGCGUGUAGCGCCGUGGUGGACAGCGAGCGCGCCGUAGAGAAGACGCUCUCCGACGUUUUCGCUCUCAGGAAGACAAUCGGUGAAAGGAAGUCGGCCUUAGCGAGCAAAGCAGAGGGCGCCCCCGUCGCCGAGCGGAACGUCCGCCUCCAGCUGGCCAUCCGCGCGCUAUUUGCCCGCCACUCGGACCUCUUCGCCUGCCCACACACGCUGACGCUGGACGGCUUCCCUGUGCCGGCCGGCGAGAUGGCGUCGCGCCCCCUGCAACCGACGGCAACUGUGAAAAGGUACGCCGCUGGCGUGCCGCAGGACGGCAGGAAGAAACGGCGCAAGGGAGACGCCACAAAGUGAUGAUGUCAUCGGCAAGAAAGACGCCGCAGUCAGCAGUUUGGACUUUUACAUUUAUUGGCCAAUGAUGGGAAGGAGGAGGCGGGGCUAUUCCACAUUUUUGAUGCCACAGAUGUUCGGGUCCCGCAUCAACUCGGGAUGUUUGUGUGUCACCGACAUGAAACCUACACACACAUUUAAAGCAAAUUAUUUGGGCAAUAUCUGGUGGGAUCUUGGUGCCAAGCAACUAAGUUGACUUAAGUUCGGGAACUUCAGUGCCUCGUUGCCAAUGUCAGCGGUGCCUUGAGAUAAGAGUUGAAUUCCUUCUUGUAUUGCAAAUCAUCUUUCCCCAUUCAAAUGAAUGCAAAUACCAAUUAUCUCGUCCAGCCUCCCCAUAUAAACAAAAAAAAAAUAUUAAGAAAAAGUCUCAAAUAUUAUACGUCAUAAAAACAUGCAGUAACAGUAUUAAAAAAUUGAAUUUAAAGUAAUUAUUUGUUGACCCAUUCUUUGCUUCAAUUCAAUUGACAUUGUGAUACACAGAUACACAGCACAUGGAGACGGUCACAGCUCCUCAGUAAGCCGUAGUAAAAUUAGUCGUUCUUUGCAGAGGAUAAAAAAUAUUUGCCUGUGAGUAGCGUGGACCCUCGCUAUUUGCGGGGUACAAACCGGGCCUGACCACAAAUAGCGAAAAUCUCUUAAAAAUUGAAGCUCACUAUAAUUACCAUGAAUGAUUUAAAACAACAUACAUAAAAAUACAUAGUCUGUCUAUAUGUGUUGCGCCACUUUAGUGUUCAAAUACUCGCUAUAACGCCACGACACAGAUGCUAUUUGUUAGCAAUGGUGGUUUUCAUUAUGUAUUAGCAUUACGAUUGUUGACUUUAAGGUUAAGUUGUGAUGGUUUUAAAUCCAAAACUUGUAAUUCUCUGAAAAGUUUGAAAAAAGUGUCUGAACAAUAGCUCUUAUCUCCAAAAACUAGUAAGUCAGGUGACUUGUAUCUCGAGGCACCACUGAUUUGGCAAUGAGAAAACUUUUUAGGGGGAGUGUUAAAUAGACAAAUGUUUGCUUUUCUGUUAAAUGAUUACAUUGUUAGUGUGGGAAAACUAAUCGGUGAACUUACCCAUAGCGUGCGCCUUCUUGAUGGCUUUGGAAAUGUCUUUUUGUUUGCGUCCACACAAGCCUGACGUCAAGAUUGACAUUGUUUGUUUUAUGCAAAAUCAAAUAAAGUUUGUCUUGAUGA